AUGCGACCACCAUACAAUGUGAAAGGAUUCACGUACACAUGCAAGGAUGUCUUACUGCGAUUACACAAACGCCACCUGGAGUAUUUUGUGCACUUCUGGUCUCCUUAUCUCCGUAAGGAUGUUUUAGCUAUGGAUCAAAUAAAAACCAAAAGAACUGUGGAUGCUGUAAAUGAAGAGCAAGGUCAGGGGUUGCUGCUGGUGGUGAUGGUGGGUGAUGGGUGCGGAGUGGGUCUAGCAGCAUCUGUGAAGAAAAUUAACCUGAUGGCAAUUCUGAUCCUCUCUCAGAGGAACUGCGGGCUCUCAAGAUGUAUCACGCUGUACCUGAUAGCAAUGGCGAUGGCUGACUUCUUGGUUGUCAUAUCUGAUGUGCUGUUGAGGUGGCUUAUUAUGUAUUUUCCAGUGUCUUUCCUGGAUAUUACUUAUAUCUGUAGUUUGAUUACCGUGUUCAUUUCUGCAGCUACGGUGAAUUCUGUCUGGUUGACUGUUGCUUUCACCUUUGAUCGAUUUGUGGCUAUUUGCUGCCAGAAAUUUAAAACCAGAUAUUGCACUGAGAAAACUGCAGCCGUGAUUAUUGGAACAGUGAGCGUGAUGAGUUAUUUGGAAAGUGUUCCCUGGUUUUUCUAUUUCCAAUCCAAGUACAUCUUCAAUAAUCUGCCAUGGUUUUGCAUCACAAAGCCAGAGUAUUACACUUCAACCUUCUGGAUAUUAUAUGUUGCAGUCCAUCGCCUUCUGUCCCCUUUACUGCCAUGCAUUAUUUUGCUUAUUUUGAACACUCUGACUGUAAGACAUAUUGUCAUAGCAAGCAAGGCCCGUAGGAGACUCCAGAAGGACAAGGACAGGGAGAGGACCCGUGACCUGGAGAUGGACAAACGCAGAAAGUCCAUUGUUUUAUUGUUUGCUGUCUCAGGCUGCUUCAUUAUUUUAUGGACUCCUUAUGUGGCAUGUUUCCUAUAUCAACGAAUUGCAGUAAUACAUGAUUAUUCUCCUCUUUCCCCAGCUGCAGGUACGGUCAGUUACAUGCUGCAGCUCUUCAGUACUUGUACAAACACUUGUAUAUACACCGUGACCCAGAGGCAAUUCCGGGAACAGCUGAAAACUGUGAUGAAACUCCCUUUCACUAUCAUUCUCAGAUCCAUCAAUCAGUGA